CCAACCCGGGAACUUCCAUCUCUCACACCCAAGCUUCUGUGCUUCCCUCUGCCAUGAAGGUCUCCGCAGUGCUUCUGUGCCUGCUGCUCACAGUGGCCACCUUCAGCAUCCGGGUGCUUGCUCAGCCAGGUUCAGUUUCCAUCCCAAUUACCUGCUGCUUCAGUGUGGUCAAAGGGAAGAUCCCUAUGCAGAAGCUAGAGAGCUACACAAGGAUCACCAACAUCCAGUGUCCCCAGGAAGCUGUGAUCUUCAAGACCAAAACAUCCAGAGAGAUCUGUGCUGACCCCAAGCAGAAGUGGGUCCAGGAUUUCAUGAAGCGCCUGGACCAAAAGUCCCAAACCCAGAAACCUUGAACCUUUAUACCCGGACUGGAGAGACAGAGCCUGAAGAAAAUCUUAUUUAUUUUCCCCCAACCCUCCCCAAGGGCAGAGUGAUAUUAUUUUUUUACAAUCCCAACAAUAGCACUUUGUAUAAUAAUUUAAAGCACAUUUCUUAAAUACUAUUUAAUUAUAUUUAAGUUAUUGAUGUUUUGACUUUGUCUGAUAUAAAUGUUAGCAAAUGUAAAGUAUAAAAUCUGGUGGCAUGUUUUCUUUCCUGUGAACUCAGUCAAGUUCAUGGCAGGAUGUCAUUGUUCUCCCUCCAACCUGCCUACAGUAUUGUCAGGUCCUUCCAUGGAUCACCAGAAUGAAACACUCCCGAAUUCUUAGAAAGUCAAUGCUCCUGUACUGCUGUGUAGUGUUGUUGAAAUUCAUGUUAUUUAAUGACUAUAUGGCAAUUUCAAAGAAAAAAUAUAUGACUUUAAACCUGU